UUUUUUAUUCAAUAAUGUAUUAAUUAAUGGUUUUAUAAUAGUGUAAAUUAUUCUUUACACCAAACAGGCUGCACAUUAAAGAAGAUAUCUGACACUGCCUGACUAAAUUUAGCAUUCUCAGACAUAUGUUAUGACUUCUACAUUACCAGCUCAUGGUGUGGGGAUUUGCCAGGGAAAAAACCCAAGAGACCAGGAAUGGUUUAAGAAAAAGAACUUCAUACACAUAUACAUCUAAUGUAUUUUGGCAGCAGACACAGCAAACAAAUAUUUAAGUCUAUUUUAUUUUCCCUUUUUUUUAGGGUGAGCAGGACAAUCCACCAAGAUGUCGGAGAAAAAGUUGACAUCCAGCCGCAGGUAUCACUUGAAGAGCCUGCUACUCUCCAUUGCUGCUGGCUUACUGGAAGCUGAAGCCAAGCAGCUUGUGGAUGACAAGGAGGCUUACAUUCAUGAGCACUGCCCAUCCCUAGACCUUCCUGGAUCUACACAGGAACUGCAGGAGUUCUGCAAGAAACUCCAUCAGAGCAUUGAAAAGGUUGAUGAGGAAAGAUAUGACACAGAGGCCAAGGUGGCAAAGUCAGACAAGGAGAUUGAUGAACUGAAGAUUAAGGUGAUUGACCUGAAGGGCAAGUUUAAGAAGCCUGUGCUUAAGAAAGUGCGCAUGUCAGCUGAUCAGAUGCUUCAAGCUCUGCUGGGCUCCAAACACAAGGUGAACCUGGAUCUGAGAGCCAACCUGAAGCAAGUCAAGAAGGAUGUCAAAGAGGAGCCUACAGAUCAAGUUAAUGACUGGCGUAAGAACAUUGAGGAUAAGGCUGGUAUGGACGGCAGGAAGAAGAUGUUUGAAUCCGAGGCUUAAGAAGGAUGUAGAUUGUUUUCUGAUAAGUCUUAAUUUUUCUCUGACAGUUGAUCUGUAACACCCCAGUCUUGUUUCAAUAAAUGUGGACAUAUUUUCACAUGUUUAUCACA